CCUGCUGGGUAAAUCUCUCUUGGCAAGCAGAGUGUAGUGUGUGCAGAGAGAUAUCGCUGAAGAAAAGAACAGGAAGAGAAGACAGAGCAGCGCCUUCUCUGACUAACUUUUUGGAUCUCCAACUGUCUCUACUUCCUCUUCUGUCCGCACCCGAAGGUCCCUCUCAUGGGCAAAGUGAAGCCUGGGCCUCUGGCUCGGAGGCCGGACAACUCUGCGUUCAAACAGCAGAGGUUACCUGCCUGGUCUCCCAUGCUAACGGCUAACACUGUGCUACCUUUCUUCUACUUUAUGGCUUUGAUAUGCAUGCUGCUGGGAGUAUGGCUGCUUCUCACAGUACAGAGCACACAGGAACUAAAGCUGGACUACACAGAGGCCGGCACGUGUAAUUUAUGUUUUGAAAAGCGUAAAAAUGUGAGCAACGCAGCCCGACCCUGCAACUGCACCGUGGUGUUUAACAUCAAGAAAGCAUUCAAGGGAGACGUCUUUUUCUACUACGGCCUCAUAAACUUCCAUCAGAACCUCCGCAGAUACAUGGACUCCAGAGAUGAUGCUCAGAUGGUUGGCAGGAAGAACAAUUUAAAGAGCCCGAGUUCAUACUGCAUGCCGUUUGACAAAAACAAAAAUGGAGUCCCCAUCGCCCCCUGUGGAGCUGUGGCCAACAGUAUCUUCAAUGACUCCUUCACUCUGAGCUACAUGGCCUCCAGCGGAUCAGUGCAUGUCCCUCUGUUACGCAAAGGCAUCUCCUGGUACACGGACAAAAAUAUCAAGUACCGCAACCCAUCGACUGUAAACAUGACACUGCCUCAAGUGUUUGAAGGUACAGCACCGCCUCUGUACUGGCAGAAGCCCGUGUAUGAACUGGAUCCCCUCGACAAGAACAACAACGGCUUCAUCAACGAUGACCUGAUCGUGUGGAUGAGAGAGGCAGCCUUCCCCAACUUCAAGAAGCUCUACGGGGUUUUAUACCGAGCCAACAAGCCUUUUAUUAACGGUCUGCCUGCAGGGAAUUACAGCGUCGAUAUUUCUUACAACUUCCCUGUGCAGUACUUCCGAGGCAGAAAGGAAGUAGUGUUGACCACGCUGACCUGGUUUGGAGGUCAGAACCACUUCCUGCCCAUUGCUUACCUCGUCACCAGCUGCCUGAUCCUACUGAUAGCCAUCCUCCUCACGGUGUUGUGGUUUAAGUUUGGGAAGAAUGGGCAAAACAUGGACGAAUGAAGGAAGAAGACGGGCUCUGGGAUGCUGAGGUGUGAAAAACGUUCCAGCAGCUUGAAAGUCAUAAUUGUCGUGCUGCUUUGUGAAUGAAAGAACAUUGAUGCAAGCAAAUGAAGGUUAACGGGAAAGGUUAAAAGGUACAUAUGUUGAAAAACCAAGGAAGAAUCAAGUUCGGCAUCUGGGAAAUGACUUUCCCCUUCAUCUAACGACCUGCAUGCGUUUGGCUUUUAUUGUGAAGUUGCUUUUGAAGAACCAACUGAAAGCUAGGUGUGUUAGCACAGGCGUUAAGCUUUCUUUACAUGUGGAUUUUACUUGUAUUUCUUUAAUACACACCAUUUUGUUCAUGCACUGUUGAUAUUUAUUAACAUCAUUAUCUAUUUCUUAUAAUUAAUUUAUCAAGAAUGAAUUAUUAUCAGUCACUGUGCAAAGUGGAAAACUGCAUUACACUAAAAGGUACAAUUAGCAGAACACCAAUUGGAAAACAAAGCCUGUAAAUGUCAUUCUUAGAGGCGGACAUUUUAUGCCAAUUCUUUAAGUUCAUACUUUCAAUUUAAGUUUCUUUUGAACAUGUUUAAAUGUUCGAUAAGCAGAAACAGGAAGACAGCCAAGCAACCCUUUCCCAACGCUCUCCAGAUAUGUUGGUUUAGAAUGGGAAUGUCUGGUUUUCUUCUAUUUAUAUGGGAAGCUCUUAAGUCAUCUAUGGAUACUGAGAUUUGGGUCAGUAUAUUCUAUUGAGAAUUCCAUGACAUAGGAUCUGUAGGGCCUGCUGAUUCCCAUUUUCAUUGACCUAGGCAGCCUUAAAAAAAUGAUGGGCUGUAUUAUUUCAGUUGGUGGGCACUCCAGACACCCCAAUGUUUUAGCAUAUGCACUGAAAAGGAUAUUUUUUUUAAUGAUAUGUCUCCUUUUAAGCUAAGGAGUCAUUUUGUGAAUAUCUGUCUAAUCACAGCAGGGUUAGCAAGUGCUUAAACCAUUGCCUUUUUACAAUGUAUAAUGUAAAAGUGUAUGCUAUGCUAGCCGAUCUGUGAGGCUGAACUUUAGGCUCAGCAGUGCUUUGAGCUGGAUGAGAUUUGAGGUGUGUUUACGACUUGCUGACAUGAACCAUUUGUACUGUCUGUUAUGCAUGUAUUUCCUGUUGUAGACAAAAGCUAAUAGCAAAAGAUUGUAAUAAAACAUGUUCUUUAAAAACUC